UGAAUAGUGUAUUGCUAGAUAUACCACCUAGAAUUUUGGAAAAUAUGGAAAUUGCAGAAAUAGAAAGAUUAUUAGCUGUGAUGGAAAAUUGAGAUGGAUGAAAUCUUGGAGAUUUGGUUAGCUAUAUUAAUAAAUACUGGUCUACAGGAUGCUUAUCAUUUAGUUUAAUUUCAUGGGCAGGACCAGAUAUAUUGGAUGGACUGGAUGGAGCAGCAGAGUUUGUAGUAGGUGCAGCUACAUCCUGAGCUGCUCUAGUAGCUGCCAAUCCUCUUACAAGCGCUCUAGUGGUCGGAGGAAUCCUUCUAGUAGUAGUAGUUGGCGGCGGAAUUUAUUUAUACAUAAGACAUAAAAAUAAACAAAAUAAUGCAAGGCAAACAAGUGACGAGAGAGAAGAAAGUAAAGCAGACAACAGAGAUUUUGAAAAGACAAACAAGAAGAAGAUAUAAGGGAGGAAGACAAAUAUGAGGAAGAUUCCUUUCAAAUAGAGGAAAGUAAAGGUUAUACAUCAGUAGAUAUGAAUUGUUCAUUGAAUAAUUACUCUCAAACUACCGCAAACUUCUCUGAAAGUUGAUUAAAUAAGACACUCAAACGCUAUAAAGAUUUAAGAGUCAGAAAUGAAGAAAUAGAAAGAAGAAAAGAAGCAAUCUCAACAAGAGAUGAUAAAUUAAGUGACAAAUUUUGAGAGAACAAAUCUAAAUAUAAAUAUCUAGACUCCCCACAAAAGCGCUUACUAUUUGAAACACCGGUUUCUAAGCGGUCAUUAGCAAAAAGCUCAAGACUAGAAGGACAACUAAUGGGGAAUAAAAAGGAACCUAAGGAGGAAACUAAAGUAGAAUACGAAGAAAUAGAAGUAGUUUAUGAAGAAAUAGAGGAGAAGGUUGAGAAAAAAGUAACUCCAGAAGAGAUCAGACAUCUUUCUAAAUAUUCAAGCAUCUAUAGUUUUACCACAAAUGAUCGUCUCAUUGAAAAAGAAGAUGAUUCCUAUUCCAUCGAUGAUGAGGAAGAAAAUAUCCCCCAAGUGCCAAGCCCUGGCUACUUCAAGCCAAACAUUUUCAUCCACUCAAACUUCCUUGCUCCAAAACUCGACAACGGCCAAGGCCUUUACGACCCUCUGGUCACUCCUAGAGACUGCGAAGAGCACUAAGCCCAAAGGGCUUAGUGGCCAAGGCAGCCAAGCUAGACCAGGAAGACAGAUUUGGCCUUGAAUUAGCUCAAUUUUG